CAUAGGCUUUACCGGAAAAUGUGUGGUCGCGUCUAUAGGAAGUGGAACAUGUCAGGUGACCAAAACAAAAAUUGACUUCAGGAACUUUAUCAAGGCCUGUUACUAGGGAAGUGAGAGGAGUGUGUUGCGGGAUGGAGGAGUUUCCACUGAGGACGGUAGAGGGGCUGUGUCUAGGCACCAGCCUGGCCGUAUCAGGUCUCUUCUUCUAUAUCUAUAGGAAAAAGAGGAAAUCGGUGGACAAGCUCAAUGAGGCACCACAGUUUACUUUAGAUGGGAAACUGGCAGAACUUUUGAAUGUGACACCAGGAAAAUGUCUGCAAUAUGCUGUCAUUGAAGGGGCAGUACAUCCUGUGGGGGAGCCUCUGAGGAGCCAGUUCCAGGAGGGCAAUGUGGGAGUGAUGCAAAAACUCAUGCUUAGGGAACACAAGCUGGUGUGGAACAACCUGGCCCGUACCUGGACAGACAGUGAGCGGGUUCUGCACCAGAGGGUGAAUGCGGUACCCUUCAACCUGGUGGGUUCAGACAAGGCCUGCGUGAGGGUGCUGUGUCCUCUGGAGGCCUCCGGUCUAGAGAUGGAGAUCAUCCAUGAGAAGUUCCACCAGGCCACAUAUGGUUUUUCCGACAUCAUUGGACAGUACCUCAGUGGAGAGAAACCCAAAGGCCAGCUGGAAACUGAGGAAAUGCUAAAGGUUGGCGCCACUGUGACAGGUGUAGGCGAACUCAUCCUUGACACGGACCGGGUGCUGAAACUCCGUCCGCCUGCAGACGGCUCUGAGUAUUUCCUGAGCACAACAGACUUUGACACCCUGCGGCUGGAACAGGAGAGCCAGGCGGCGGUCUGGCGGGUGCUGGCCUCUGUGUUCGCCCUCGCCGGGGCCGCCGUCCUCCUCUGGGUGGGCCGCCGCUACUACCGCAGCCUGCGGGUCCGCUGGGACCAGGAGAGGCUCAGGAGGGAGUAUGAGAGCCUGGUUGCCGGAGGGACUGUGCCGGAGACCGGGUCCGCCACUGGGGCCACGGCGGAGGGUUCCGGAGAGCAGGAGACUGCCCUGGAGAACGCCUGUGUGAUCUGCCUGACCCAGGCUCGUAGCUGUGUGCUGCUGGACUGUGGCCACGUGUGCUGUUGUUACAGCUGCUACCAGGCCCUGCCCCAGCCCACCUGCCCCAUAUGCCGGCAGACCAUCAACAGGGUGGUGCCCCUUUUCCAGGCCUGAGCUUGGGGGAAGACAUCACAUGGAUGAUGUGCUGUGUGGAUACCCAGGUGGGGGUGGGGUAAACUCUACUACAGGAAGGGCCAGGUGGUCCAUGUGAUUAUGGUUUCGGCUGCCCGUAGGACCUCAUUGAAGAUAACAUCUCUCAGUAGAGGUGCAGGGGAACAGCAAGUAGAAGGAAAGAAGCUUCCAGCACCAUGUGUGGAGGAGAGGCUGAACACAGACUCCAAGCUAGCUAGACUGAGCUGGACACAAACCCGCACAUUUGUCCCCAAACCCUUCACAAAGGACACUGAUAAAUCAGCUGUUUUGAGCCUGUCAGAGAGAAACCCACUCUUGACACCAGACAUGCCAGUGUUACACUCAUCAUACUGUAUUCAUCACCUGUACUGUUCCUGGCGUUCUCUAAGCCAAUAAGAUGUAGCUGCUGUGUGGGAAAAUGUCAGUGUACUUAUUUAUGAAGCUAACAGCUGUUAUUUCCAGUAGUCAAUGUUAUCUUAUAGAUAACUGCAUUCUCCACUGUCUUCUUCCAGCGGUAUGCACAUGUAGAGAGAGAUGUUUAUUUUCAUACUGCUGUCACUUGCUUUGUGCCUUACUUUGUUAACAUAAAUUCCUGCUGCUCUAUGAAGUGGCUGUAUCAAGAAGUAGAAGGCAUGGAUUUUGUAACGAUAACCCAAUGUUGAAUAAUGUAAAAAAUAGAUUUGAUUUACAAUUUUUAUUAAUUGUACAUGUGUUUAGAGUGCCCUCUGUAAUUAUUGGGUCAAUAAAGAAUUUGGCUCUAUA